UCUUACUCUACGGAUAAACCCUAAAACCUUCACUAAUCUUCAAAAUUCAUGCUGGCCAGAGGCCAGGCACACUCAAUCCAUGGCCAUUUCCUCCAGUUUUGCUUUAGCUUGCCGUCCCCGUCUUCCUCUCCGACCAUCUCUUCUCCAUUCCGUUCACAGGACGAGUUUCGGCUCUUUGGCAGUAAUUGAAACUUUAGACGAUCCGGAAAACAUCAUUUUAAGCGAUGGCACUCGUGAUUCUGAUGCUCCCAGCAAAAGAGUUGGUAGUGCCCGGAGAAAGUUUGAAUGGACGAAGUUGAGUUCCAAAGAUGUUGGUAUCACUAACCAUAUGAUUCCUAGAUCUACAAGACAGGUUCUUGAUGGGCUUAAGAAGAAAGGUUUUGAUGUCUACCUAGUGGGAGGUUGCGUUCGUGAUCUUAUAUUAAGACGAACACCAAAGGACUUCGAUGUUAUAACUUCAGCUGAACUUAAACAGGUAUUGAGAAUAUUUUCACGCUGUGAAAUAGUUGGAAAGCGCUUUCCCAUUUGCCAUGUCCACAUUGAUGGUACAAUUAUAGAGGUCUCAAGUUUCAGCACCUCGGCUAGAAAGUUUGGUAGGGACUUAAGUUUUGAUUCAGAAAGACCUAUUGAAUUUGAUGACAAGGACUUUGUUCGUUGGAGGAAUUGCUUGCAGCGUGAUUUCACUGUAAACAGUUUGAUGUUUGACCCUUUUGGAAAAGUAAUCUACGACUAUAUCGGUGGACUAGAGGACAUUAGAAAAGCUAAAGUACGAACUACUAUCCCAGCAAAUCGCUCAUUUAUAGAGGAUUGCGCUCGAAUUUUACGUGCUAUUAGAGUUGCUGCUCGUUUGGGAUUCAGUUUUACAAGAGAUACAGCAUUAAAUGUUAAAAGUUUGUCUACUUCAAUUCAAAGACUUGACAAGGGUAGAAUUCUCUUGGAGAUGAACUACAUGCUAGCGUAUGGAUCUGGGGAAGCUUCGAUGAGGUUAUUAUGGAAAUAUGGCCUUCUUGAAUUGAUUCUCCCAUUCCAAGCAGCCUAUUUAGUUCGAAGUGGUUUUAGGAGAAAGGAUACUACAUCAAAUAUGCUUCUGUCACUUAUCUCUAACAUGGACAAGUUUCUGGCACCAGACAGACCGUGUCACACUAGUUUGUGGAUCGUCAUCUUGGCGUUUCAUAAAGCACUAUCAGACCAACCUAGAUACCCUUUAGCUGUUGCUGCAUUCGGUCUAGCAGUGCAUAAUGGCGGAAACAUGUCUGAAGCCAUCAACAUAGCACGAUCAAUCACAAUGCCACACGAUGAGAGCUUCCGUGAGUUGUUGGAAAAUCAGAAUCCUGACUUUUCCGAAUUGAAAUUAGAAGUCCAAAAUAUUGCUUCGUCAGUCAAAAACGCCCUAACUGAUAUGACUGAUGAGUAUCAUGUGUCCAAAGCAAUGGCCAAGUAUCCUAGAGCACCCUACACUGAUCUGGUGUUUGUCUCGUUUGGAUUAUAUUUGAAGACGUGUAGUAUAUUUGAGUGUGCAAGGAAAGGAAGGGAAAGAGGAUUUGUUGCUAAGCAAGGAAGCAAGAUCGAUUACGAUGCUCUAACAUUUGGUAGCCUGCAAGAAUUAAGGCACGUUUUUGCUAGAAUCAUUUUCGACACUGUGUACCCGUUAAGUUUAAGUAACGAAUAAUGGGUUUAUCUCAUAAAAGGAACCAAAUUUGUUUAAUUUUUUUUGAAAUGUAGUGUUCAUGUUCAUCAAUUGUUAGAACACAAAUGAGGAAAAUAAGCCUACUAAUCACCUUCUUAUAUUACAUGUUAUUGUUU